GGAAAGUCGGCCAUAUUUGGGUGACAAAAUUAGUUCCUUGAUGAAAUUGUGUUACAAAGUCUCUUCCGGGUGGUUUUACACCUUGCGCUUGUGAUAGAUUUGACGAUUUUAAUCACGCCAUGAGUAAAGAUAAGCAGAAGGAUUAAUCCUGCUUGUCCAGUUAAUUAGGAACGAGGCAAGGCAAGUUAAAACUGUUGAGCAAUGCCGCCUCCGCCACCCCCUCCUGGGCCUGGCCCCCCACCACCACCAGUCCUUUCUGCUCCAAAGAAAGGGGGAGGUACUGAUCACGGAGCUCUCCUGGGGGAUAUUCACAAGGGAUUGAAGUUGAAAAAGACGACGACAAACGAUCGAAGUGCUCCGGCCGUCGCUGGAAGUAAACCUGCAGCAAACAAAUUCCAGACGAUGGCCAGUUACCCAGCUCGGACGCCCAAUCGAGACCUACCCCCCUCAUGGAGGGGCUCAAAGGAUGACGGUAACACAAACCGUGGUGGAAGUGGCGGCAGAGGUUCUGGAGGUGGGGAUGCCCCACCACCCAUGCCCAGUGGAGGACAUGGGGGACUGUUCCAAGGAGGUAUUCCCAGGCUGCCCAACAGAGGGGGGCGCACUGGAGGUGGGCCGAGAGCCCCUGGACCUGCCCAAAGUAUCCGCCCACCAGGCAUAGGACGGGGGGCUUUGAAUGGACCAGUAUCGCACAGUGAUCAUUCAGACAGUUCAAAGAUCAGCAACGGCUCAGUAGCAAACUCUUACGCUCCCGCUCCCCCUGUUCCCCCCAGUGACCAGAAGCCAAGGCUGGGACCCCCAGCAGUGCCACCUAGUGACAAUAAACCGAAAAUGAAUCCCCCGAAGGUCCCGUCUACUUUGAACAAACCUAAGGUGGGGGGAGCACCAGGAGGGGGUAUCAGUCAACGCAGUGAGAUGUUCAACCGGAACAACAACAACAACUCCAGCAACGACUCUUCCUUACCAGGUGGUCUAUCCGGAGGUGUACCCAUGCGCAACCAGCCGCGGGGUCAACCCCCGCCCCCGCCCCGGUCCAGCUCGUCUUCCAGUUCAUCAGUGUCCAACAGUCGCCCAUCAAGUAUGGUGGGGCGGCCAUUACCGCCUCCCCCAGGAACAGUUCCUCCCCCGCCACCGAGGAACUUGAGUAACGCACCCCCUAGCUCAGCCCCUGUGUCUGUAACUCAUGGAGGGAGGCCGAAUGUACCCCCGAGUAGGCCGGGAAAUCCUCCACCCCCUCCGGUGAGGACAACUUCAGCUCAAAGUAGUGCAGGUUUUGGACGGUCGGGUCCCCCAAGUAGCAAACCCCCGGCUCCUCCUGCAAGACGAGACAUCCCUCCACCAACACCACCCCAUGCAAACACUGGAACCAUAGGACGGAGCGCUCCACCUCCCCCGAGUACCCAGCCUCCAAACAAAUCACGACAAAGUCUAAGUGGCGGAUCAGGAGAUGAUGAGUUUGAAAAUAGAUUUAGGUUUCAUAAAACCUCUGACAUUCCUCCCCCGGAGCCGUUUGGCAAUGUAAAUAAGAUUUACCCAAGCAAGAGUGCUCGUCACGCAGACAGUCAAAGAAGAGCACCACCCCCGCCUCCCCCGCGGUGAAGUCUGUACCCCCGCUCGCUGCCGUAACCACAAGUGCUUUUCACUGGCACGCCUCUGUUUUCAUAAUCUACAAAAACACUGCACUCUUACUACACUGCACAAUACUAUAACUGACAGCUGUGCCACGCCCAUGUUUAGUGGGUGGCAGUCUUUCCAUUGCUACUUGACACUUGCCCUGUUCUUUCCGUGUGCUGCUAUGCGAUUAUCAAGAAGGAUGUGUAUGUACACUUAAUGCUGAAGACAGAUAGAUUAUAGCCGUUAAAGCUUAGACAAAGUGCUGGAAAUAAAAUAUAUGUUACGGAUUUUAGCAAUCGGUGUUUACAUCACUGGCUGAAAACAAAUAUUUUAUGGAUUUAUGGAUUAUAGUAAUUAACUUUAUACCAAGUGCUGGAAACGAACUGUUAUGGAUUAUAGCGUUUGGUGUUUACAGUAAUUGCUGGAAAACGAAUACCUUGUGGCUUAUAGCAAACAGUGUGUACAUGAAACGUUGAAAUUGAAUGUCUUGUGAAUUAUCAUUUAUAGCAAUUAACAUUAACACCAAGUGUUGAAAUUGAUUAUUUUAUGGCUUGUGGGAAUUAACAUCAAUGCUUUUAUAUCCAUGAGUUACUGUAAACAAAUGUCUUCUGGAUCCUAAUGAACAAUGUUUGUUUACUCACAGUUUACACACAGUUGUAAAUUAAUGUGUUACAGACACUGACACCUUCACAUGAGUCGCUACAGAUGACGGGUGUAGUUUCAUUAAAUGAGAGAUGCUUCUACUUACAAGUGCUGAAACAGACUCGUACUGGACUCUACAAAAUGAGAAUAUAUUUGCUAGACUGGCUUUAAAUAACUAUUUGUCUGGAUCAUAGUAAUUGACAAUAAUUAUAGUUGUUUUGCUUCAAGUGCUGAAAACAAAUAUUGUUUUGGUCAUAAUGUAUGAUAGAUGCUGAUUUAUACCAAGUGCUGCAAAGUGGUGUCAUUUGGAUCUUGAAAAACGACAUAUUAAAUUUUAUAUAUUUAUAAUACUGUAAGUGUUGUAAGGAGGUGUCACGGAAAACAACAUGUCACAUUGUAAUAUUGACUAUAUAAAUAUUACUCUAUAAACAUUCACUAGUCUUCAUGUCUCGCAUUUACGCCUGAUAUUCCCAAGGCUGUGGUAUGUGUUGUCCUUUGUGGAAAAGCGCAUAUAAAAGAUCCCUUGCUGUCGUUUGGUAGAAGUUGUCUUUGAUAUGGAGGAACUCCAGUAACUGAAUGGUGUCACAGUAACUGAAUGUUAGACACUAAACAACCUUAUUUUAAAAUUUCAGAAUACACAAUUGGAAUUUAGUAAUUCGCCCAGUUUUUGUUUUUUGUGACAUAAGUAUCAGUAAUGAUUUUAUUAGUUGUUAAGGUGAACUAAGAAGACAAACUUAGUGAAGUAUGUACAGAUAAACCCACAUUCAAUUCCAUGUGAUAUUCAUGUUCCAGUUAAAACAAUCUGCAUAAACGUAAUUUAUUUGUAAAUGUGUUUGAUCUGCUUAAUUGUAUGUGUUGAUACAGACAAAAAUACUGCCGGUGAGAGCUUCAGAAGUUUGUAGUUUCUGAUGCUUCACUGUUCACAGGCUACAACGUCAAUUAAAAAAAUAUACUGAUGGAAAGAAAUAAGAGAACAGCUAUAGUCCGUCCCAUCCUCCUACAAAAACUUCAUUUUGGUUUGACGUAAAAUUUAAACUAAAAAUGUUUUCGAAAUAAAAAAAAUAUGCUAUUUUUGUGUGCAAUUUAGAAAACAAUCUGAUCAGAAAUAAAUAACUUGGAGUAAAUUCCAUAGUAUGAUAAAAUGUGUUCCCUGUGGAACGAACUAUAAAUAGGAAUAGCAAAUAUUGACUGCAACCAAAAACCCCUUAUCUUCUACAGUAUCAGGAAAUUAUCCAUGUUACUGGCGGUCAUCCCACAGUACUGACAUUCGAUCCCACAAUACAUCUCUGUAUUUUACACAGGCGUAUCUACUGCAGUAGUGAAUUGAAAGUGGUGUCUGAUACCAUGUGUUACCAUACUUCUUUCCAUGAGCAUAACACCGAGGCAUGCCCCCACAUCUUCCGUGGUGAUAUGAUGCACCAUAAAUGACGUAUUGAGCUUUAAUGCUUUUGCUGUUUUAUAACCACUGCUGUUAGUGCGUAAAUCCAGUAGGCGACGGUGUGUUCCCACACACAAUGCUUAGCGUGCGCGUUUAGAUAACACACUUCUGUGCUUCGGCUAGAGAUCAACUCAAUUUCCUGACAUAUCCAGACGAAUUUGGUGAUUGGUGCGUAUAGCCAGAACAUAUUUUUCUAAUUGUGAUAAUGUGUAUAUUGUGCAUGUUGUUUACAGGAGUGAACUGAUGUGCCUGUGUAGGUUCUCUGUUUAGAAACAUUUGGUUGAACUGUGUUAAUGUAUCCUUAUUAAGGCCAAGUAUUUAUUGCCCCGAGAUCUAGUACUAAAGCCGCAAUGAAAAAGUCUAUCCAUUAUUGGCAUCAGCAAUGUCCCUAUGCUUUAGUUACGGAAGUAAUUUUAAGAUAAAAAUUUGGUGUCGACAGAAUGUACUUGACAAAAUCAGUUCAGGGCCAGUAGAUAUUUUCAGUGUAAUGGAACCUUCUCUACUGGAACCACCUCCACCAUACAGUCUCUGGAACAUCCAUUUUUCUGUUGUCAAACAUGUUUUCAGCCAUUGUGAAAAUUCAAGUAAAACCCAAAUUCGCCUUCAUGAAAGUUAAUGUAAUCGGCAAAACGUCUGCUUGCCCGUAAUUAGUUUUGUUGAAUAUUUAAUAAUAUGUUAAUAAUAUUUAUUCUGCAACCACUGUUUCUAUGAAUAUGAUAACGGAUAAAGCAAAGUCAUCUCCUGCUUUUAGCACGAUAUGACUUUUGACGUCACUCAUGUGACAUCACACACAUAGCUACAUUACAAAAUUGCACAUUUGACCUGUAGAUCAUCGUACAAUGUGGCUGAAAUAACAGAAAUAAUAGCUUCUCCCAUGAAUCUUUAUGGUCUGCAGAAUGAGGAAUUCCGUUUGGCAGUGCCUCGUGGAAUUUCCCAUUCUUGUCUUCACAGGAUAAAACCAACAUCCAACGUCAUUAACUAGUUAUUCCCUAUUUAAUGUGACUGACCCCUGGUGGAUAAUUGGAUUGUUGAAACAUAUCCUGGAUGAGAAAUAGAAGAUGAAGUUCUGUCACACUAGGACUGUGUGGAUACAAGUCAUUCCAAAUGGUGUAUAUAGGUCUUUCUUUUGUUGCUAGCUGUCUGUGACUGCCUUUAUUUGUCACUGUUUAACAUGGCUAUGAUGUACUUGCAUGUUUCUUCUCGUUUGCUUCAUUGUAUCUUGUUUAUUUGUAUCCAGUGUUUUGCAUUCACUGAUUUAAUAUGGACUACCAGAAAGUUUUUUUUUCAGUUUUUAAAACCGAUUGCUCAAAGACUUAUACCAGUGUUAAAAAAUUAACUCUCGAGUAUUAUUAACGGGUAUAUAAAACGAAAAAUAGGAAGUGUAUCUGCUAUCAAAGGUAUGCAUUCAUAUAGUAAAUAUAUUCUAAACUUAAUAAAUAUACUUGUACAUAUGUGAAAAAACAACAACCCCAAAACAACUAAUUCUUCUCAGCUUUAAAGAACACUCAACAAAUUAGUUUUAAAAAACCUUAAUAAAGGGAUUUACAAAAGGGGUUUUCGUAACUGUCGCAGGGUAGAAUAUUGACUUUUUGUCUUUUUUAAAGUUAUUGCACUCUUCAUUUAUUUUAUUAUACUCGAAGACUGGGUCUUAUUUUAUUUGUUAUUUGCUGAAGUGAUUUAUGUAGGCAAUUAAUAUGUCCUAGUUCAUGGAGACAACUGCUUAUUCUUAUAAUAUUAAGGACUUAAUUUGGCAGCAUUUUGUGACUGAAUCUUGUACUUGUUUUUUUUCAACAGCACCACUAGAGCACAUUGAUUUUUUUUUAAUCAUCGUCUAUUGGAUGUCAAACAUUACUGAAUCCGACAAAAUAAUUCUCCCAAACUUGGUAUGAAUACAUUUUCCUUCUUUAGUGUUCGUUUUCAGUCUUCGGCAUGAGUAAACUCAAGAUCUGCUGAAGAUCACUCUCUGAAAAUGGUACAAAACGAGCAAUUGCAAAUAGUCUCUAAUACAAUUUGUUAAAUAAUUUAUUUCACGGCAGUCAUUUACCGUAAUUUGACACCCAAUAGCUGAUGUAUUUUUCAGAGGUGGGAAUUCUCCUCGGAUCGGCUGUUUUCCUCAUGGAACAUUGUGUUUCCUCACAUUUCCUCCAAAACAUGUCAGAUGGCACAGAUUUUAACCUAGGAUUUCAAGAAUUUCCGGGACCCCUCUAGAUUUCCUUUUUUUUUUUUUUUUUUUUACAGUUCACCAAUUCCCACCCCUGAUUUUUUUGUGCUGGGGUGUCGUUAAACCAUUUUAUUCAUUCAAUCAUUCAUUAAUUGAAGGCAACCAAUUUCCCCAUUCUCCUAAACAUUCCAGGCGAGUGUGAUGGGGGAGUACAUGUAGGAGUGAUGACUCGCCUUUCCUGGUGAAGAUUCGCUUUCUGGUAACAGGUGAAGGUUACUGUAUUUAGCUGCUCACCUCGGGUAUAUGAUUGUCUCGGAGCUAAAUCUUGUAUUAUAAUUUAUUUUCUACGUAAUAAUAUAUAUACUAACACUAAGUUGUGUAAUCAUUGAGACGUUUUGUAAUGCUUCAAAUAUAUCUGAAACCCUCUUAAAAAAAAAAAACGUAAUGUAGGCCAAUAUUUAAAACGUGAAAUUAUCGAUAGAUAUGAGGAGCAAAAUUAUUUGUAAACAAAUGUUUUGAGCACAUGUAAAAUGCCAACUCUAAAGCAAUAUUGAAUAUGCAAAUCUCAUUAAAAUAUGACAAAUGAAUACUAUUAGAUACACGUAUAUUUCAUAGAAUAUAUACUGACAAACAAAAAGCCCGCGAUUAUGUGUGUGUGUGCGUGUGUAUAUAUAUAUAUAUAUAUAUAUAUAUAUAUAUUAUAUGUAUGUACAUGUACAUACAUAUACACAUAUACAUGUUAUGAUUUUUUAAAAAUUUCAUGAUAAAAUUAAUUUGGUUAAUAGACUAAUAAUGAUGGGCCUAAAAUGUUCACCUUGAUAAUUCUAACAGACAUUAAAGGGAUUCCAACUGAAUAAUUUUAAAUAAAUGGAUCAAAACUAAAUUAAUAUUUUCAUUUCUUUUGCUGUUCAAUAUAUAUAUUAAUUGCCCUAUAAUUAUAAAAAAUUUUUUUUUUUUUUUACAUCAGUUUGAAUAGUAAAUCAUAUUUUAAUCAUCUUAUAAUUGUUUUGAUCAGCAUAACUAUUAAAACAAGUUGUGUUUUAGAAACACACAAAACCUGGUGUGAUAUCACAUGUAGAGCAAACUGGAUCUUAAUUGGCUUCAAUAGACAGGAAAGUUUAAACUCAUAUUCUUCAGUGGAAGUUGUAAAGAACAGUUUAUAAAGCUUUGCAGUAUGAUGGUUAAGCUUAAUGUAAUCUAGUGUAGGCCAUAGUCUUACACGAAAGAAAUGCAUAUUUAUGCUAAUACGAAAGUAAUGCAUAUUCAUGCCAUACUAAAUUGUUUUAAUGAUGCAGGUAAUUAAUAAAUUGCAGUAUUGCAUGUUAGUUAACCCUUCUUGAGUUGCCUACAAUUUAGUGUGUUUUUAGUCACGUUUUUAUGUUUUCAUUACCACAGCUUCAAUGUGUUUAAUUGUUUUGAUGUCUGUAGAUAGAUUAUUAACCAAAUGAAUUUAUUUUUUCUGCUAUAGAUUUGAUUGCAUUCCAUUAGUAAUUAACAAAUUGUUUUACGUAUAAUUGUGUUGUAGGCCAGCGGAUUGAAUUAUCUGAGCUAGUGGAAGUAAUUUACAAAUUUGUUUGGCGUGUGACUGUAGAAAAGCUUUUCAUGUUUUUGUUUUCUUUAUUACACGUACUGUAUAUAGAAACAUUGAAACUGUAUGUUCAAUUGUACAUACCACUAAUGUAUUACGGUAAUUUACACAGUAACCACUGUCUAAUUUACCCAAUUGUAAACAAAGAGUGCAUUCUUUGAUAGUUUACCGUAUAUAUGCAACUGGGUGAUCCAAGUUAUUUACUCCACAUUAUUAUAUGAUUAACAUUAUUUACCUGAGCUAUUUUUACUUGAUUAACAAAUGCCUAUUUCUCCCGUUUUUUUAGUACCGUAUAUGUUCUGUUAAAACUGGUACACGUGUUAGUUGUAUCUUUUGAAUAACACCAUUUACUCUGUUGGCAAUAUUGCACAUUAAUGAUUUAAAUUUGUGCUAACCUGUGUAACAUAUGCUACUCAAUUUUCACUAAGUACUUUUAACAAAUUUAAAUGUUUUUUCUUUUUUAAUUAAAAAUAUUAUAGUAGGCAGAUCUUUAUCAGUUACACUGUAUACAAAUGAAAUUAUUUUUGACAUUUAUAUGUAACAAAUAUAUUUCAGCUGUUAUUGUUUUUAAAAAAUCAGCCCUAAAUUCAAACUUAAUUCAGAAUAUUUUGUGUUUUAUGAUGACAUCAAAAUUGUGAUAAAUAAUAUUGUUAUCAGGGCACAUAGGAUAGUAGCGGAAUAACCCAGCCAGUAGUAACAUAUUAUUUCAUUAGCGAGUCGGAAUCAUUUAGUUUUGAUAGCCAGUAUUUGGUUUUCGGUAUAUUUUUAUAGGUAAUGAAUGGGGUGAAUUGGGAGUAAUUGUUACUGAAAUGUUGAGUUAUGAAGUAAUUCGGAUGUAAUCAAACUAAUAAAUGUUCAAGUAUUAUCACUGUAAGCUGUUAGAGGGAUCUUUGCUUUUAAUGCAGCAAGGUGGAAGUUAGAAAUACAAACUUUGUACAACAUUGCAAUUUUCUCAUCUUCUACCAUGCAGUUCAUACCCCCAACAUUUCUGAUAUAACUAGUUCAGGUUUUGUUCUGUUCACUCGUACCCCUGUGUUUACGGUGAAUUUCUAAUAUAACUAGAUCUGGGCCUCGUUUUACUAAGCAAUCUUAGUGUUAAGAUCAAGUUAGUGCAUAACUCAUUAAUGCACUCCAGAUAAUCUUAGCGCCAAGAUCAGUAUGUAAAACGGUGUACCUGUUCACUGGUACCUGCGAUGAAGGUGAAGGUGAAGUUGAUAUUCACCAACAAAUGGGACCAGGUGGGUUUACAUAACUGAUGGGAAUACUUUCAGUAUAGCAGUAUCCAUUCUGAUAUGAUUUCACUGUGGUGCAAGAUACAUCGUAGAAGUGAGUUAUAAUUGUACCAGUGUGUGAGGUCAUUUAGAAUUACAAUUUAUCUAAAGAUUCAUUAUGAACGCAAGUUAUUUAUGUCCCAGUGUACAUUCUGUUAAUUACUCUAUUCAAACAUUGUGCAUUUGGAGAUUGAUGUCAUAUAUAUUCAGUCUCUACUUUUUCAAUAAAUUUCCGACAACA